AUGGAUCCGGAGGUGGAGGGACCCGGCUGGUCCUGCUACUACGCGAUCCUUGGCGUUCGCAGAAACGCCUCUGCUUCGGAGAUUCGGUCUGCGUACAUGAAGCUGGCCAGGGUAAGGAGCGGCUCGUCUGUUUGUUCUCUGCCUUCUGCGAUUCGGGAUCGGUAGAUCGUUCGUCUCUGAAUUUUGGUUUCGGUCGGCCGCAGAAAUGGCAUCCAGACAGGUGGGCGAAGGACCCGUCGGUGGCCGGAGAGGCCAACCAGCGUUUCCAGCGGAUUCAGGAGGCGUACUCUGGUACGUAUGUCGAUCUUUGUCCUUCCUCUUCCCUCGGGGGGUCUUGGUCGGUUGACGAGAAGUGAAAUAGCCGUGCGUUGGUUUGUGUUCCCUGGUGCAGUGCUGUCAGAUAAUGGGAAGCGGUCCCUGUACGACAUUGGUCUUUACGAUCCCUUCGAGGAAGAAGAAGAGGUCGGUGUCUCCUCCUGUCGCCUUUCUACUCUCUCUGAUUUUCGAUGCAUUCGAUCGUCUUGGAUGAUCUGCAGUGGUUUUAUUUUCUAAGCAUCGAUCUAAUCAUUUCUUUCAUCAGCUCGGGCUUUUUUUUUCCAAAAAAACUUCCGGAUCGACAUGGUUACGAAAAUUUUCAUUCCUGAGAUAUACAAGACAUUGUGCAUGAAAAUCAUUGUAAAAAAUAGUUCUGGCGACACCAGGAGACUUGGAAAAUAUGAGAUACGAUCAGUGGCAACAAAAGAUUAGACGGGUCAAUGGGUUGCCGUCUUAAACUGGCUCUAUUUUCCUCAAGAUCUUGUGCAGCAGAGUGCCCUGCUCUCUGUGACGUGCAUGUCGUUGAGACGGCGCUCGACGACCUUGGCUUUUUCUCUCGUCCCUGCUCCUUGUCGAACUAGCAAUGGGCAGACUGCGUUCAAGUCCUUGAUAGAUCUCCAUCAUGUUCCCAUCAUCUGGGCUGAUGUUGUUGGGCUGCAAAAUUCUCGCAGGGUUUUUCCGACUUUGUGCAGGAGAUGAUGACGAUGAUGGACAAGGUGCGGCCGGAGGUACGUAUCGCCGCCGUUCACCUGUGGAUCCGAUCCCUCGGCGGCGGCCUUCCAGAUGCCGCGAGAACUGAACGCCCUUCUUGCUUGUUGCAGAAGGAGGACACCUUCGAGGAUCUGCAGAGGAUGUUCGCGGAGAUCGUGGACGGGGACGGCGCCGCCACCUUCGCCGCUCAGGGACGAGAGGCGCGCACCGGCGUGCGCCUACACGAGCUCCCGAGCCGCCAGCGCACGAGGUAG